AGCCAGGCAAGUAACCAUUUUUGCCGUCAUCCAACGCACAUGUAGCUUUUAACCGAGUGACCUCAGAUUGUCGCAGGACCAAUGCUCACCUUUUGGGUCCAAUAUUUAUGCAAGCCGGGGCCAAUGCAAUAAUUCCACGAUAAAACAUUAAAAUACUGAUUUGCCCUUCCACCAAUUGAGGUACAUUUUAAAUUAACUAAACACACCGGCUGGUAAGCGGCGCGAGAACAGUUUUCCAUGGCUGGAAUCGAAGAGCUAUCACCGGCUGCAGGCCCAGUCGAGACCCGUCCCCCAGAAGGCGAGAUUGACGAAGAUGAAGAUGAAGAGCUGGAUGAGACUAUUAUGGAGAGGCUGUGGGGUUUGACUGAGAUGUUCCCUGAUACACUGCGCUCUGCGGCUGAGGUGACCGCAUCGGGCUCAGUCACUGUGGCCAAGAAGCUGUACAGUUUCUCCCGCACUGCCCUGUGGGUGGGCACUACCUCGUUCAUGAUCCUGGUCCUUCCGGUGGUGUUUGAGACUGAGAGACUACAGCUGGAGCAGCAGCAGCUACAGCAGCAGAGACAGAUCCUGUUGGGCCCCAAUGCAGGGAUGUCAGGUGGGAUGCCAGGGCUGAUGCCUCCCGCUCCAGUGAAAAUGUGAUCAAUGUCCCUCCGACAGCCUUAGCGCUUCAACCAAUGAGGGAGAGUGGAGACUUGGAAGGAGAGAGAGAGAGAGACACAGAGACAAAGAAGAGGAUACAAAGCUGCAUCUGGUCAGCACAUGUGCUCCUUCCAACAUCCAGGAUUGUCCAUUUAAGGAGAUUAGAGGAGGGUGAUGUCACUUCAUGGGUGUUGCAAUAACGAAUGUCCCUUUCGCUGUCUCUCUUACUCAACAUCCUGCAGAGACUUCUGCACACUGUCUUCUGAGCACUGUUUUUACUUAAUUUCUUUUUUUUAUACAUAGCGAUAUAAAUAUGUAUGUGAACCAGGGGAUUUGGAUCAGGUGGAUAAUUGAAGAAAUUGGGAUAUUAUUGUGGUUAUAAGAGGUUACCAAUAGUGGUGUGUGAUCUGAAUUUUUUUUUUUCUUCAUGUUGGUCUGUAGCUACAUAUGGCCUUGAAACUGUUGUAACCUGUGUUUGGUUUGGGAACGUGUUCAUUCCACUUGUAUGUGGGAAAAUCAUGGUAGAGCUAUGAUGUCAGUCAUGUCUGUCAUAUUCACAAUCACAGCUGGUCCUUGAGAUCUAUAGUGUCUGCUGGUUUUGCAAAAGCAUUGGUGAUAAGAGUAUGUAUGUCACAUGUCGCUUGAGACAUUGUUUCAUUUGCGGGCAUUAAAGCCAUAAAAAAAAAA